CUGGAAAUGUCAUAUACAUGUCAAUUCCAUAUUGUUCAAUGUGAAUUUUUUGAUCCCUCUAGAACGGUGAAUAAAUUCGAUUCUUUUUUCUUUUUGGAAAUUAUUAAAAUAAAACCACCAAAAAAAUGAUGAACUUAUCCAGAGCCGUUGUACGCAGCUUCACCACCUCCGGUGCUCAACGCACUGUAGCUAAAGCUGAAGUCGAAAAGGGUUACUUCGAAAUCAAAAAAGUUCAAGAACAUUUCCAAAAGAAGGAUGGCAAACCCGUCUUCUUGAAGGGUUCAGUUUUCGAUCAAGUCUUGUACCGCCUUACCGUAGCCCUCAGCUUAGUCGGAAUCGGUGGCAUGGGCAAAUUGUUCUUCGACUUGUCUGUACCCAAAACCGAUUAGACGUCUGUUAUCAGGCCAUAAAUUGUGUUUAGUAUACUUAAGUAACAAACCAAAAAAUAUUUAGCCACCUUUAUUUCCUAUGUUUCUGUGUUUUUAUUUCUUUAAACUAGAACCCUUACAUUUUGGAAGCAUUUUUAAACCAAUAUGUGUAUAAAUAUUACAUUGUUAUGUUGGUACUUUUACAUUCUUUAAAAAGCAUUUAAAACAUGGAAAUAUAUGAAAUUUUUAGCUAAAAA